AUUUACUGGAAAUACGAGUACACCGUUGGCUUUUGUUUAAAAUCCGUACCAUCUUUACCCUAGCAGCGUGGUAAAAUGAAUACCUUCCAACAGCCACGCUUAGUGAGACCGAUUUGGGGAGUUUUGGAUACCAAUAUCCUGCUGAAUCUUGUUGAAAACACCUUAAAAUCUGGUGCCGACACGGCAUUACUAACAACUUUAAUAGCACUCGCCCACGUUAACCAGGCCACUUUUUGUGUAUCAAACGCUGUAAAACACGAGACCGAGAAAAUCAACGUGAAUCAUCAACGACGCACUCCAAAUAAAUUGUCCAGCGCGAGAGUUAAGGCAACUGACGCCGUAUUGUCUUUUCUAAAAGAUCUGCCGAAUUCGACCACUGCGACAUUGUGUCGGCUGCAAGACGUACCCGGAAUACCCGCGGUUCCCCUAAAGGUUGACAACUAUCUGAUUUGGCUAACGGUGUUUAUGGAGUGGAGAAUGCACCAAUGGUAUCCUCUGCACGAAGUGGAUGUUGUGUUGUUCACAAACGAUAAAAUACUGCAGAUCAUUGCCUUGAUUAACAACGUCCGCUGCGGCAACUGCGUUGUGAGAGCGAUGGAUCCACCCAUCCUCCAGAGAGCAAAGCAGAAGGUUGACCUUUGGGACAUUGCUCUUCUACUGGAGCAGCUGUUCGGUAACACCAAAAUUGAGCCUCUUUGGAGAAAGCAACUAGAAAACAUCGAUGAUAAGGAAACCCCUUUAAGCAUCCUGACGUUGGCCUUAUGCGCUCUGGAUGACUUCAAGCACUCUUCAAAAUGCAAACAUUCCAUUAAAAAGAAGUGCAGCGACCUUCACUCUCAGAUCGUAGGAUUUCUCCCGGUGUCCGCUGCAGAAGAUCCUCCUCUUGUAUAUCAUUCAAGGAAUUCCGCGUGAAUUCCUUGAAUGCCAAGAAGUCUAUCGUCCGGUUACCACUUUUCUGAAAAAGGUUUAUAAGAAUCUAUUUUUGAGAUAUCCAUAAAAUAACGUCAUUAUGGAUAUCCCAAAAAUAGAUUUUUGUCAGCAUUUUCAAAAAAGUGGUAAUAAGGUGAGCGACAAAAAUGGCUUGAAAACACCUUUCCUUAUAAAAGCUGUUAAAAUAUUUUGAGAACCGGUCGCAAGUGCUCACCGUUUUUCCGAUCUCGUGUACUUACUCUCUAGUGCGAGUACAUAAGAUCGGAAAAGCAAACAUCGAUCUUGACGACUUGAUUCGGCUAGCACGUGCUACUAUAUUUUUGAUUUCUUUUCGAAUUUGAUUAGUGUAAUAUUGUGUUUUGCAAGUAUCUUUGUAUUGAUGAAACUGUAUUUUGAUGUUGAGAUAAAAAUAUUGUUGAUGUGAUUUAAGUUUAAUAGAUGUGAACUGUUUAAUAACUGUGUUUGAGUGAA